GAAAACUUACAAAAUAAAAUGUCAAGGAUAAAACCGCUUUGUGUAACGGAAGGACUCCGAGAUCUUAUGAAAAAUCUUACUAAGGAAAUUUUAAAGAAAAAACCUCUAAAUAUUUAUGAGUUUUCGGCGAAUUAUUUUGAGUCUGUGAUUGAAGAACAAGAAGUAUUUAAUAAGCACCAAAACUUUGAAGCAAUUCUAAAUUAUGAAACUACAAUAAUAAAAAGCAGCGCUGUUUCACUACAAACACAAGUUCCUCUUUCUCUUCUUCGUAGUAUAAUUCCUGAAGAGUUAUUUGAGCUUAUAAAAGAGUUUAUCAAAGCUGUUUUACGUACAAAUCCAGACAACAUUUGUGAAUUCGCUGUCCAAUAUUUCAAUAAAUUAAAAGAACAAUAUCAUGGGACAAACUGUUUAGUAGAAUAUGGUUCGUACGAAAAUUACCUUAAAACUACUCAGGAGUUUUCAACCUAUGCAGAUGAAAAAUGUACUUGUGGUCGAUUUCUUACUCAAAGGCCGAGGAAGGAAAAAGUUCACUCUGAUCUUAAUGGCCCUAGAAAUUCUAGUGAGAUAAGACAUUUAGAUUUAUCAACAUUCAAUAAAAUCAAUAAUCAAGAAUUUAAAACUGAAAAGUUAAUAAGUAAAAAUAAUACUAAAAUUAUUUGCGGGUUAGAUAUGUAUAAGCAACAAAAGUACAUAUCUGCUAUUGUUAUAAUUCAACGUUUCUUCCGUCAUAUUUUAAAACUGCAAAAACCUGAAACACGUAUUAUAAAAGAAAUUGUUACUGAAGAGAUAGGCGAGCCAUCCAACACUAAAGUUUCUCCAGGGCUAACCUAUAGAGAUACAUCGAGCUGCAACAAUGAAAGCUUUAGAGAUACAAACUUACCAAGGGCAAAUAAAGCAUACAGUGGUGAAUGUCUCCCAUCUCAACCGAGUUGGUGAAAAAUUAUUUUAGGUUCUCCCCAUCGUGAACCGUGAUUUAGACGGUAUGUUACAAAUCAUCCGGAUGGAAAAGCACGUGGUGGCACUGCAGUGUUGGUUACAAAUCAGUUAAACCACUAUGCUCUAGAAUCCCAUGCUACACAUCAGUUACAAGCUACAACAAUAUACCCAAAAAUCGGGGUUGUGACUUAAACCUUGCGGCUAUAUAUUGUCCACCUCCUUUCAAAAUUACAGAUAUCGAAUUUAAAGACUAUUUUGAAACACUCAAUAUUUCUAGCAGGUGGAGAUUACAACGCAAACUCGUCUUAUUAAUCCGAAAGGACGGCAGCUAUACUACACUAUUAUGAAUAAGCAUAACAAAUGGAUAUUAUAUGUCCUGGUAAGUCGACAUACGUAUACUAGCCCAGUGAUUGUAAAAAAAUACCUGACUUAAUAGAUUUUACUGUAGUCAAAAAUAUAGAUAAAUCGCUUAUGACAGCUGAUACUUGUACAGACUUAUCAUCUGAUCAUUCACCUCUACGUAUAAAAUUAUACGAACAGCUCAUGAUAUUUUACCCAAAAGUUUUUCUUUUAUAAAAUCAUAUGGUUGAAGUAUAGAAAUUAUAUCAGCAGCCACAUCAAUAUUGAUUGCAAAAUAAAUACAGGAAGAGACAUUGAAUAAAGUAUAAGAGAAUUUAAUGAUGUAAUAACUAAUUCAGCUGUAUUGGCAGCACCAAAAAGAAAUAAUAAACCAGUUGGUUUUGGAAAUAUCAGUAAUAAUGAAAUAGAAAAAUUCGUAUAUGAGAAGACGCGAGCUAGACGUGAAUGGCAGUUAAGUCGCUCCCUUUCAACUCUGCUUCAACUGAAAUCUGUUGUAUGUAAGUUAAAAAAGCGCUUAAACGCGAGAAAGGACGAAAAUUAUACUCUCUUUGGAAAGCCCAAAAAUCUUUUAAGCCACCAGUAGAUUCCAAAAUGCCUCUAAGAAUGCCUUUAAUGGUAAUUGGGCACAUAGUGAUGAGGAAAAGGCGAAUUGCUUUGCAAAUCACCUAUGAAAGCUAUUUUAACCCAAUUGCUCAAAGAACAACUGUAAGUUGCCAACCUUGCCCAAUACCGCUAGCGAGUUGUUUGUGUUUAUUAGGACUUCUACUUCGCAGUUACUAGAAUCAUAAAAGAGCUAAAUCCGAUAAAGACAUCAGGACAGGAUAAUAUUACUCCAAAAAUGAUAAUUGAGUUCCCAAAUAUUGCUAUAACGGUGCUCUCUUUGCUCUUUAAUGCAAAUCUUGGUUUCGGAUACUAUCCAACUCCGUGGAAAACGUCACAGACCAUCAUGAUAGAUAAACCUGGGGAAUACUCAACACAGCCGUUUUCUUACAUACCGGUAAGGCUCUAACCCUAUAUUUCUAAAAUAUAAUAUAAUCCUAAAGCACCAAUUCGGUUUUCGAGCUAAACAUGGCACUGUAGAGCAAGUAAAUAGAUAUACCAACGAAAUCAGGAAAGCAUUUGAGCACAGAGAGUACUGUUCAGCUU